AAGUUGGGGAACAGAAAAUGAUGGAUAUAUCAACAUGUAAUGUUGUGGAAUUCGCGUAGGAUUCACGUAACUCUAAUAGCAUUUGAAGAAGAGUAUACUACUCUAAUGGAGGGAGGAAGGAAUAGAUGCCCCCCAUAUUUAUAUAUAUAUGUAUAGAUUCAUUGACAUGUCAUGAGUAGAAUUUCUCAGACUUGUGUUUUUGCAGAGAACAAAAAAAACUACUUUAUGCAGUAGGUUCUUAAGGAAUUGGAUUCUUGUUCUUGCUGAUGCUUGAAGUGGUUCUCGGUGUCAUCGCAAAAAAGAUAGAAGGAGCUAAGAACAACCAUGAAUGCAUUAGUGGCAACCAACAGAAACUUCAAGCUAGCAGCUCGAUUGCUAGGGUUAGAUUCGAAGCUCGAAAAGAGUUUGCUGAUCCCAUUCAGAGAAAUCAAGGUUGAGUGCACUAUACCUAAAGAUGAUGGAACUUUGGCAUCUUUUGUUGGAUUUAGGGUUCAGCAUGACAAUGCCAGAGGACCCAUGAAGGGAGGAAUCAGAUAUCAUCCUGAGGUUGAUCCGGAUGAAGUGAAUGCUUUAGCACAAUUGAUGACAUGGAAGACAGCAGUGGCAAACAUUCCCUAUGGAGGUGCUAAAGGCGGAAUAGGAUGUAAUCCAGGAGAUUUGAGUAUAUCAGAGCUCGAACGCCUUACUCGAGUCUUCACACAGAAGAUACACGAUCUCAUUGGUGUCCACACCGAUGUUCCAGCGCCCGAUAUGGGUACUGGUCCACAGACAAUGGCAUGGAUACUAGAUGAGUACUCAAAGUUUCAUGGAUAUUCUCCUGCAGUCGUGACAGGAAAACCUACUGAUCUCGGAGGCUCACUAGGAAGAGAUGCUGCUACUGGAAGAGGCGUGCUGUUCGGAACUGAAGCCUUGCUUAAUGAGUAUGGAAAAACCAUCUCCGGACAGCGAUUUGUUAUACAGGGUUUUGGAAACGUCGGUUCGUGGGCUGCCCAGCUGAUCAAUGAAAAUGGUGGCAAGAUUGUGGCAGUUAGUGACAUUACUGGAGCCAUAAAGAACAGCAAAGGACUUGAUAUUCCAAGGCUUCUCAAGCAUGCCAAGGAAAAUAAGGGUGUGAAGGGAUUCAAUGGAGGGGAUUCAAUUGAUCCUAACUCAAUAUUGGUUGAGGACUGUGACAUUCUUGUCCCAGCUGCUCUUGGAGGUGUCAUCAACAGGGAAAAUGCAAAUGAUAUCAAGGCCAAGUUCAUCAUUGAAGCUGCCAAUCAUCCAACAGACCCAGAAGCUGAUGAGAUCUUGUCGAAAAAAGGCGUAGUUAUCCUUCCAGACAUUUAUGCAAACUCAGGAGGAGUCACAGUCAGUUACUUUGAGUGGGUGCAGAAUAUCCAAGGUUUUAUGUGGGAUGAAGAGAAAGUGAAUAGUGAACUAAAGACUUACAUGACUAAAGGGUUCAAGGACGUGAAGGAGAUGUGCAGAACCCACAACUGCGACCUCCGAAUGGGAGCCUUCACCCUCGGAGUGAAUCGCGUGGCACGGGCAACUGUUCUGAGGGGAUGGGAAGCCUGAGUUUGAGAUUACUUCCACUUGAAUAAAAGGAUAGAGACCUUAGAGGGACUUCUUCCUGGUACUUGUCACUGCUUCUGAUGUUUCUGUCUUACUGAGAAAUUCAACCAAGUUUUUGUUUUGAUUUGAGUUUCUAUUUUCCACCACCGGUUCAAGUGUUUUGAUCUAAUAUCUGUCUACCAUUUAUAGAUUCUCAUGGAAACUUUGAGUGAUCA